AUGGACUGCCCUGACGAGAGCGAUGUGGCGGCGAUGGGUGCUUGGGAGGUGCGCGAAUGCCCUGCGGAGGAGAAAGCGAAGUACUGGGAGGAUGUGCAAAAGGGCAUGGCUCUUGCGGGCCCAAUUCAGCGCAACGUUUUGGACGGACGCUGGCAUAAGCUUGCGAGUCGCCUGGAGGGGGCGAUGGAGGGCCUCUCGACAUGGGCCGUCAAUUGCUACGUCGGGCUGGACAAAACGGAUUUGUGGUGCUGCGGCGUUCCGACGGAAGAUUUCUCGAAGAUGGUCCGGGUGGUGACGGGGCGGGGGACGGAGUGCUUCCAGAACGCCCCGGCUUCUGCUGCGGUCAAGGCCGAAGUGUUGGUGCGCGUGGCGAGGGCGAUGCGGACGCGCGCCGGCUUCAUGACGGUGCUGAUGCCCCAUCAUGUGCUGCUGCCGUCCGCCGCGGGGGUGCACGCAAUAGGCGCGUUCAUGUGCCCGGGCUUUGUGGGCAGGAUGCGGCGCAAGCUGCGCGAGCUGCGGCCCCCGACGGGACGCGAGCCACGCCCCUGUCUGCUGCAAACUGACCCGCGGCUGUGCCCCACCGACGCGGUUGCACUGCGGCCGAAGGUGCUCCAUCCCGGGAGGGUGGACGCAAACUACCGGGUGCUGUACGUGCCGGGGCUCGAAAACUUUCCGCUCGUGGACGCCUUUUUCUUCGUUGGGGCGCCGCGGAGGACGAUGGUUGGGCUGCAGACAAGCACGGCGAAGGCGCGCCGCGUUGCAACCGGCACGGUGAGGCAGUUCAAUGAGCAGCUGGUGGAGUUUUUUAACGGCUGGGAAGAGUUUGCCCGGGGUUUGUCGUGGGAGAUUAUUUACGUGCAGCAUGCAGAUAGCGUGACGAUAAACGCGUGGCAGGAGUGCGGGAACGCGGGCGACAGGGCCAGUGCGGAAGAUGAGAGGCAGAGGACCUUUUGGGACAACGAGGUGCACCAGUACCACGUGGCGAUAUCGCACGAAGACGCAAUUGCUGUGUGUAGUGAGUGA